GCGGCGGCUAUAGUGUGGUGAUGAUGAAGGCUUCUUUCAAGGGAAAGUUCGAUGUCGACAAGAGCGGUGGCGUUGCUUCGCUUUCCUUCAACGCCGGCAAUGCUAAGCUACGCGCCACCAUGACUGAUACUUCCCUCGUCGCCGGUCCUAGCUUGAACGGCCUCUCUCUCGCCGUCGAGAAGCCUGGCUUCUUCAUCAUCGACUACAACGUCCCUAAAAAGGAUGUUAGGUUUCAGUUCAUGAACACUAUCAGAAUUGCAGAGACGCCUUUGAAUCUGACUUACAUUCAUAUGAGAGGAGAUAAUCGGACAAUUGUUGACGGGAGUCUUGUGAUUGAUCCGGCUAACAAGUUGUCUGCUAAUUACAUGGUGGGCACAAAGAACUGUAAGCUAAAGUAUACUUAUGUUCAUGGAGGGAUAGCUACAUUUGAGCCAUGUUAUGACUUGUCUAAGAAUGUGUGGGACUUUGCGGUUUCUCGGAAACUUUAUGGUGGUGAUAAUCUCAAGGCCACUUAUCAGACUUCUACUAAGAUGCUUGGUUUGGAAUGGUCGAGGAAUUCUCAAUCGACUGGAUCUUUCAAGGUGUGUGCAUCAAUGAAUCUAGCCGAGGAAUUGAAGCCACCAAAACUGACCGCAGAAACUACAUGGAACCUGGAAAUUUAGCUCCCAAGAAGUCUCAAUUCUUUCGGUUGUUUAAUGUGGAUCAAGUCUUGACAAAGGAAUCUAGGAAAUUGCUUGGUUAUCAUUGUUAGGACUAAUGACCACAAAAAUUGCUAUUCUAGUAUUAGUGAGUCCAAUUAGUAGUAAAAUAAUACCCAAAAAUGUAG